CCUUCGCUCCUGCCAUCACCGACGUGUCGCGGACCGCGGAUAUACAUAUCAGGCGAUCCCCCCACAUCUCCUCGCCCUCGGCACGCCUUCUCGAAGUAGCCUGUGUCGAGUCUUGAACCAGCUUGCGUCGUGCCCUUCAAGUCAACCGUCAAGCCUCGGAAGCGGCCCGCGAUGCCCACGACAACAAUGACCGCGACCACCGCGCACGUUCUACGCCCCGUCGCCGACGCGCUCGUCUUCCUCACCAACACGACCGUGCACCCGACGCUGUUCCCCUACCUCUGGGGCCCCACGCUGCACGCUGCAAGGAUAUCCAUAGCAUACCAAACGAAUGCGCGGAAGCAGCCGGGGUAUGCGCGGAUGCCUUGGGCAACGUACAUCGCGGGAUAUCUGAUCAUGUGCUGGGGCGGCACACUCACCGCACACUUCCUCUGCGGCCUUCCUCCCCCACAGCUAUACUCCUUUCACCCGUACAUUAACUACGUAGCGGUACACGUCGCGCUCACCCUGCUAUUCUCCGUCUUCCCCCAGCUUCUCACCCACCCCAAACUCCUCGACACCGCCCUCCUCCCCAUCGACGCCUCCAUGCGCACGAACGCCGUCACCGGCGCGCUCGCCCUCCUCCAGCACCCUCGCACCGCCCCCGAGCUCGUCACCUCCCCGCUCUUCCACCUCAUCCUCGGCGCCGCGGGCUCAGCCGGCGGCGGAGUCCUUGCUGGAACCUUCAACCUCUGGUCGGCGGACUGGCAGUUUAGCACUCCCGUGUUCCUCCGUGGUGGCGGCGCAAUGGCGACGCUCGACCUCUGGGGCGGGUCGGUUGUCGCCGCCGUAUACAGCACCUUCUCCCUACACCCAGCCUUCGCGCCGGUUUUCGUAGGCCUGGUAGAGCAAGGUCUUGUCGCGAAAGACCUUACACUGAGCACGCUCGGCGCUCGCGCGAUGGGCGCGCUGUCAUUCUUGGCGCUCUUCGGCUCGCGCGUGUGGUAUACUCAUUACAGCUUGCCGGCCGCCCCGCAGACGGCGCCAGCGAAGAAGAGACAGUAGUAUCCUCAAUGCCACACAAUUUGAUCAUGCCACAGCUUCCCUG